AUGAAAACCAUACUGAAGCAAUUUUACAUUUUGAUUGUUUUAUUAAGUAUCAAUGAAGUAACCUUAGGAAAUGAAGAGAAUAUAUACGGUGAACAAUUGAAAAGACCACAAUGUCAUCUCUUAUGCGGAAUUUGUAGACGUAUAGGAAGAUUGGUAAAAACAGUCAUUGAACAUGAACCAUUCCUCCCAUUAACCUCAAGAAUAAUAUCUCAGAUGUGCAAUUUAAUUCCUGAAGAACAGUGGAGAGAUGAAUGUCUAGACAUCACACACUAUUUACCGAGGACAAUUCAUCAAUUGGCUCAUCAUAUAAAUGUUACCUUAGAAUGUUCUAAACUAGGUUUCUGUCACCAUGAACACACAAUGUUAUCAGAUUCUGAAAUUUCAUCAUGUAUUAAUGAGCAUAUAAAUUAUGGCUUGUCUUUAGCCAAAUCACCAGAAUAUGAAGAGAUAAUCAUAAAGAAUAUAUGUAAACAUCAUGCAGCUGAUAAACACAGAUGCUUAGAAACUAUAGAGACAAUAAUGACAUUUCUGCUUGAAAUGACCGCUUAAGUAAGUUUAUAUUACUAUGAAUAAAAGAAAACUAUGAUCAUGUAUAAGAAGCGGUUUUGUGGAGAUUUUAGAAAUUUGGCUUAUUGAAAUCAUGAGUCAACUGAAGCUAAACCACCAUGGAAAACCUGGAAGCAUUGGACGGCCGUUUCACCAUAGUAUGCGACUCCUCAGAUAUGUUCAUCCACGAUCCCGCCUCCCGCGAGAUUCGAACUCAGGACCUAUCAGUCUUGCCCCAGGCGCUUAACCAACUAGACCAUUGAGCCGGCUGGCAUCCGACGGUGUUAGUGUCUUACUUCAACCAAUCCACAAAGUUGUGCACUGCUGAGGAGUCUUGUACUAAGAUGAAACGGCCAUCCAGUGCUUCCAGGUUUUCCAUGGUGGUCUAGAUUCAAUUGACUCAUGAUCUCAAUCAGUAUGAUCAUGUAUACUUUUUUAAAGUUCAUAGAGUAAUUCAAUAUUUAACAUGAACUAUUUUGUUUUAUUAUUUCAGAUUUACAUAAUGAAUUAUGAAAUU